AUUUCAACAUGUGCUUUUUGUUUUUGUUAUUCUCAAAGAAAUAAUAGAAAAUAGAUUGGAAAAUGUGCGGUAUAUUCUGCAGUUUUCCUCGAAUAAUUUGUCCAGGAAUUCCUGUGAAUGAUUUUCGAAAUAGUUUCAAUCGUCGAGGUCCCGACAAAGGGGGCUCUUGCAUUUUUCACGGAAUUAUCUUUGAGGCGUCUGUUCUGUGGCAUCAGGGGCCUCAACUUUCAAGUCAGCCCUUUGAGGAUAAUCGUGGGAUUCUUGUAUUCAACGGAGAUCUCUUUAUGGAUGAAAUUCAAAAUUCCAGCGAUUCUUCCUGGUUCUUUAAAUCUCUCUCAAAAUGUUCUACAUCAAAAGACAUUUUGGAAGUUCUAAGAAAAAUUCGUGGACCCUUCUGCUUUAUUUACUACGCCAAAUCCACAAAAACAUUAUUUUUCUGCCGUGAUUAUCUUGGGAGGAAUUCUCUCCUUUUGGGAAUGAAUAGUGAACGAAUUAUCCUCACAAGUACAGGUAGGAGAUCAUCAGAGUAUUCUCUGGUAGAACUUCCACCUCUUGGUUUAUAUGCAAUUCACACAGGAAAUGAGAAAAUAUCCUUUCAAAUAACAUUCUGGGAAGAAAAAAUGAUCCAGUCGGAAUACUUCCAAAAAGAAGAAAAUUGUCUUAGAACAUUUCUAGAAUCUUUUGCGAUAGAUUACAAAAGAAAUCCCAAUGAGUAUAUCAAUCCAGAUUGUCUGCAACAAUGUUCAUGGGAAUUUAAUUAUUCCUUCAAGGAUAUUUUUGCAAAAGUUCCCACAGAGAUGCAUCAUGAAAGUCUUCUACGGGAAGCUUUACCCUCCGUCCAGGAUGUAGUUGAAAUAUUAAUUGAAUUGCUUGAGAAAUCUGUGAGAGAUAGAGUAACCACUACUCUUAAGGAAUGCAAAAAUUGCUUGAAAAGCUCCGAAAAAGUGUCCUGCAGUCAUGCACGGAUAGGGAUUCUUUUCUCCGGAGGAGUAGAUUGCACGAUUCUCACAAUUUUGGCCGAUAAAUUCAUUCCAAAUCACGCAACAAUUGAUCUCUUGAAUGUAGCUUUUGAGAAAAAAUCCUCCGCAUGUGGAGAAGUGGACUGGAAUGUUCCAGACAGGGUAUCAGCCAGGAAGGCAUUGGAAGAAGUGAAAAGGAUCUGCCCAAAUCGUUCGUGGAAUUUAAUUGAAGUGAAUGUGAAGGAGGAAGAAAAAAUUGAGAAUUUGACCAAGGAAAUCUCCCAUCUGAUUCAUCCGCGAAAUACCAUCCUGGAUGAAUCUUUGGGCGUAGCUCUGUGGUUUGCUGCUAGUGGGAGCACUUCCUGUCGCGUAAUUCUCAUUGGAUCCGGAGCUGAUGAGCUCUUUGGCGGCUAUACGCGUCAUCAAGUAGCUUUCAAACGUGGCGGAGAAGAGGAAUUAAGGCGGGUACUUGAGGAAGAUUUGCUUCGAUUACCCAGUAGGAAUCUAGCGAGAGAUGAUCGUGUCAUCUGUGAUCAUGGAGUUACCCAGCGGGCUCCCUUUGUUGAAGAGCAAAUCGUUCAGUUUGUGUCACAGCUGCAGCCUCUUCAGAGAUGUUUUCCACCCUUGGGGCCAGGAGUUGGGGAUAAAACACUCCUGCGAUUGUGUGCCUACCAACUGGGACUGAGGGAAACUGCUUGGAGAACCAAGAAGGCUCUUCAGUUUGGCUCGAGAGUCGCCAACAGCAAGCAAGAUGCUAACGAUGUUUCGAUUUUUCUUUCCUGACCAAUUUUUGGAAUAAAAAAAAUUUUAUUAUAA